AUGGCCAGCCCAGCAACCGCAAAACGCGACUCCAUGGACGCAACAGCAAACAGUCUUGAGACGAAAAUGAAAGCCGCUUCUCUUGAGCAGUCGACGCGCAAGCGACCAUUGGGUCUGAUGGACCUUCCGCCCUCUAUCCGCAACAACAUCUACAGAUACUGUUUAGACACUGAGAUGGUCAACCUGGGCGAGCCAAAUGUAUCAUACACACACAAGAUAGGCGACGGUGUGCUUAAAUUCUCGGCCUCGCGGAAGCCCUUCCCAAUCAAUAGCGGUCUCUUCUACGUCAACAAAGCGUUUAGUAAAGACGCACUGCGCUACUUUUACGAGAAGAAUCUGUGGGUAAAACUAGAUGUAUACACGGCAGAUGCACGGCACGCAAAGACUUUGCUGGAAGACUCUGGUCUACUGUUUUCCACUGCUCUACCAGACGCUGUCGAAAAGGCAACUCAGCAUGCCCUCGAGGUAGUGCUGGUGGAGAAGAACUCUGCGCAGAAACGUGCAAGCGUCAUGUUUCCAGCACAGUAUCUACCUCGUCUGAUCAACUUUUUCGAUCAAGCAAGUCGCGCAACGGCAAGUUGGGCGCCCAUGCACACACUUUUCUUGACCGUCAUGAAUACAUACGAAUUCCCCAUUUCACGACUCCAAGGCGACUUGCUCGAGCCAUUCAGGCUGCUCUCCAACUUUGGCGGCGUUACCGUCGACAGCAAGAACCUCCUACCGAGAUACGCAGAAGGACUGCAAAGCAUGAUGACAGAAAAGAGCUUCACAGCCGAAUCCUAUCUCGCCCGCGUAACCGAGCUAGCAGAUCUCUCCGACUCUGCGCGCGAAAAAGAAGACUACACCCUCGCAAACGAGUACGCAAACGCAGUCAUCGUAGCCCUAACAUAUGGCUACCUAACCCACCCCGAAAUCCUCCACUCACAAGACGAAUCCUUCAGCAAAUCUAUCCAGCGACUCCGCUGGCGCACAGAACUCGGAUUGGGCAUUUCCCUCUCCAUCCCCCUGCGUAGUCUCACAUCCACAAAACACUGGAUGCACACUUCCAACCCGACACCCGAAAUCAAAAAAGCAGCAAGGGAUUUACUCCUUGCUGAGACAUCAGUCUCCAAAGCCCUAAGUCUGGUUACCGACUCCCCCUCGCCAGCAUCAAACCCCUGGUUCCAUUCUCUACCUAUCGAACUCAUACCAAACAACAAGCCUACUUUCUUCACCGAGCGCGAAAAGGCGCAGACGUGGUAUGUACUCGGUACCGUGCACAUGGCGUUGGGCGAGAACAUCUUCGCAUGUGGAGAUAUGGAGCGCGCGCUGGAGCUUUGGGGGAAUGAAAGUGGGGUUGAUGAGGAAGACGGGUUGAGGGGCAGGAUCGAGGAGGCGUUUGAGAGGGCGAGAAAGGGGAUCGAUGGGGAUGCGGAGAGUAUGUGGGUUGGGGAUAUCAGGCCGGGGACGGGGUUGAAGAAGGCGGCGAGGUUGGCGAGGGGGUUAUAG